CCACGCACCUCGCUCGCCUCCCAUUCCCCUUUGACCAUCUUAAUCCUAAUCACAAUCACGUCGUAAAGCAGUAAACCCCGCACCCGAUUCAAAGCCUAAACCCCUCCUAACCCCGCUGUUACAGCUCGAGCCAGGCCAAAAACAAGGUCGGCGACGGGCUAGUCCGACGCCGUCCAUCACAAACCUCACUCCCGCCUCCCCGCUCCACUCCCCCUGACGCAGUGAGUCACGGCUCACGAGGCUCACGAGCAGCAGCAGCACAAGAAUCAGAAUCAGAAUCAGCAAGCGGCUGCAGCAAACACGAAAGGCCAACUUGAUUCGCGGAGGAGCUCGCCGGCGCGAGGGGGGAUCUCCUGUGGCUCUCCGGGGCUCGGUCCCCGGAUCUUGUUUCGGAGCCCACCCCGGCUGCUCGCCGACGCCGCUCGCUUCUGGGAGGAUCGGUUUGUCCCGCGAGGCGCCGCUGGAGGGACCGUUUCAUUUCUCGAGGAUAGGCGAAAAGGAGCGGCCUCUGGAUCGGGGAAAAAGGCAAAGGGGGAGAAACAUUUUAGCGCAGUUUCGGUUUUGGGAGUUCCCGGAUCAUGGAUUUCUUCAAGCUCAAGAAGUUCGGGAAGGCCCGGAAGAGCGCCAGGGGUGACCGCGACACCCUAGAGUCCGACGAGGAUGCCACCGCCGGGAAUGUGGCUUCGGAGGGCGACGUCUACGAGGAGAACCCCGAGGCGGCGGCGGCGGCGGCGGCGGGAGGGGCUGGUUUGGCCAACGGGGGAGUGGAGGAUGGGGAAGAGGAGGAGGAGGAGGAGGAGGAUGGGGAUGACAUCGUCAAUGACGUGAAGCGGAGGCUCAAGGAGAUAAGGAAGAACAACUUCAUGGUAAAAAUCCCCGAGGACGAGAAUGCCGAGGUGGAGGAGGAUGGGGACGGCGAGGAGGAGGGGAGUAGCUCUAGGGAGUGGAUGGAGUCCGACGUCGGCCAAGGCUUCCCGCUGUGCGGGUUCGACUCGCUCUAUGACAAGUACUGCCAGAGGAUGCUGGCGUUUGAUAAGACGAUUACACAGACAUUGAAGGAUUCAGGGUUAUUCAACAUCUCAAAAAAGUCACCUAGAUCAGCAUCCAAAUUGGCAUCAACCUUGCGCAGUCUCUCAUUCAAAAAGAGGGAUGAGCUUCAGGAGGACUGCGAGCAUCUGCAGCAGCAGCAGACCGAGGAUGACCCUUACCAAACACUCGAGACCGCAUAUGUUGCUCAUGUUUCCUUAAGCUGGGAGGCUAUUCAUUGUACUUACAUGCACCUGAGUCUGAUCCUGGCAGCACAACCUGAGAACCCUACCACCUAUAGCUGUGCUGCUCAAGCAUUUCAGCAGUUCCAGGUUCUGUUGCAAAGAUUUAUUGAGAAUGAACCAUUUGAGCAAGGAUCAAGAGUUGAGAUCUAUGCACGUUCUCGGAGUUCCUUGUCUAAGUUGCUCCAGGUCCCCACUUUUCAAGUUGCGGAAAGGAAAGAUAAUGAUGAAGACCAAAUGGAAGCAUCAAUCUUCGCAUCUGACCUCAUCAAAUUAUUAGAGGAGUCCAUCUUAACUUUCCGUCUUUUCCUGAAGAAAGACAAGAAAAAGAGUAGUGCCCUCAUGAGUGUUAAUGGCCACACAGGAAGUUCGAUUCAGCAAGUUCAGUCCUCUCUGGAUAAGAAGGAGAUGAAGGUGAAAGAGCUGUUCAAGAAGAAAAAGGGGAAUAGCAAGACCUGGCCAGGCACAAUGGAGGAAGUCCAGCUGCUGUUUGCCCUGACCGACAUCAAAGUUGUGUCGAGGGUGCUGAGAAUGGCAAAGCUCAGCAAGGAGCAGCUGCUGUGGUGCGAGGAGAAGAUGAGCAAGCUGGAUCUCUCCGACAACAAGCUUAGGCGCGAUGGCUCCCCCAUUCUUUUCCCCUGUUGACGCAUUGUCUGUGGCAUCUGUCUAGUUUGCAGAGCUAGCGAGCAUGGCUGUCCUCUGAGCUUCUAGCAUUGCCGUCCUUAUGGCAUAUAUGUACAUUCUAGGUUCAAAAAAUGUUUAUACUAAAGGUGUAAUGCCUGAAAAAAGAUCGGUGUUGCAUCCCAA